AUGGAGCUGACCAUCUUCCUCCAGAACAACAAAGACAUGUUCGCGUGGUCACCAUCUGACAUGCCCGACAUCGACCCAAACAUCAUCUCCCACCGGCUCCAUGUCAACCCUGUUAGCAAGCCCAUGGUGCAGAAGAGACGUAACUUUGCUCCCGAGCAUAGGUCUCCUACUCGGAAUAGCUGGCCAACGUUGUUCUUGGUGGCGAAACAAGAAAAGGGAAAAUGGAGAGUAUGCGUCGAUUACACCGACCUCAACAAAGCAUGCCCUAAAGACAAUUUCCCAUUGCCGAGAAUCGACCAGCUCAUGGAUUCAAUUUCCGGCAAUUAG